ACCGACCGGCCGAUCACGCAGCGACCCGGGAAACAUUGUCCCGCGGUCGGCCAAGCUUCAAGCGCUCCACGCCACACCGCGCACGACCAAAGCGCGCGAGCCGGGAAACAAGCCUCGCGGCCGCGCAACCCUUCCGCGUACCACGGCCGAUGCAUCCGUCCGAGCCGGGAAAGAACGUCCCACGUCCGGCCGAGAAUUCUCAUCGGCCAAAUCUCAAUCCGCUCGACCACGCCGGCCGACCGCGAAUCCAUCCGACCCCGACCGUUCCGACUCGGCCCACGACCCGACUGUCCGGCCGAUCGUCCCGACCGACCGUCCCAACGCCGCGGUCGACCCGAAGCCCUUUUUGAAGCCCAAACUUAUGUUUUCAAGCCCGGCUUAA